ACUUGUCUCAUCACCCUACACAAUGUCCCAUCAGUUGUCCCCAGAUCGGCUUUCCGACCUUCCAGAUCACAUCCUCCACCGUAUCACCUCUCUGGCAAAGAUGCCACCAAGAUGGCCGCCUUAUCUACGAGAUUCAGUGUAUCAGAGUGAUGCUAUGGAGGAAUUAGACUUAGAUAAGGAACUUGUUCUUUUCUGUGAAAUUCUCAAAACUCUGCAACUUGAGAAUUACUGGGCUUCGCAAAUCGAUAUUGCAGCACUCAAUCUUUCAUACUUCUAUCUCAAACAAGUGCCUGCGCCCCAAAGGCAAUUGAUCGAGAUGUUAUCCUGUUAUCCUGUAAGUCUCUUGGAACUUUGAUAUUGGAAACUUCUAAUGUUUCUGAGGAUUUCCUGGCAACCCAUUUGUCCAACUUUUCCCUGCUUGAGGUACUAAGGCUCAAAAAUUGCUAUUCCCUGACAAAUAUACUUGUUUCCGUACCAAAUCUGAUAAGCUUUACCUUGGAUAACUGCAAUUCCGUGAGGAAGAUCAAGAUUAUUGCUGAAAGCCUGAAUUCUUUCGUCUGUAAGGCGAAUAAUUGGUUGUCUUGUGA